AUGCUUAGUUUGGGAGUUGUGUCACCUUCACAGUCAGCUUGGAACUCACCUGUAGUAAUGGUUCAGAAGCCAAACGGGGACCUAAGGCUUUGUCUAGAUUGUAGAAAAUUAAAUGCAGUUUCCAAACACGAUGCGUAUCCUCUCCCGUAUAUAAGCAGCAUAUUGGACCAGCUCCGCGACGCGAAAUACCUAACGUCAAUAGAUCUUUCCGCUGCGUAUUGGCAAAUACCCUAUGAUAGCGAGCAAUCAGCUGAUAAGACCGCGUUCACAGUGCCACGUAGGGGGUUAUUUAGAUUCAAUGUAAUGUCGUUUGGCCUUGUUUCCGCGUCAAGCACAAUGCAGAGAUUAAUCGAUAGGCUAUUUGGUCCCGAAUUUAACAACAAAGUAUUCUGUUUCCAAGACGACAUAAACAUAAUAUCCAGCACUUUCUCAGAACAUGUGCAGCUCUUGCAUAAGGUCUACGCAAAACUCAGGGACGCAAACUUGACUAUAAACAUGGAUAAUUCUAUCUUUUGCCGUAGAGAACUUAAGUACUUGGGAUAUUUAGUUGACAAACAUGGACUUAGAACUGAUCCGGGAAAGGUAGAUAUUAUAUUGAAUUAUCCAACUCCAACUUCCGCUAAAGAGGUUAAAAGGUUUCUAGGCAUGGCAGGCUGGUACAUGAGGUUCAUUAACAAUUUUUCGAAAAUUAGUAAACCGUUGAAUAAGUUAACUAGCAAAAAUGUCCGCUUUGAAUGGACUACGGAGGCAGAUGAGUCAUUUAACCACUUAAAAACCGCUUUAGUGUCUGCUCCGAUACUUAAAUGUCCAAACUUUGAUUUGCCUUUUUCUAUCCAUUGUGACGCUUCCUCAGUGGCUGUGGGCGGAGUCUUAACCCAGACUUAUGACGGGGUAGAACAUCCCAUAGCAUACUGCAGUCGGUCUCUUGCCAAAAAUGAAAAUAAUUUUUCCACAUCGGAGAGAGAACUUAUGGCCGUGAUUUACGCAUUAGAGCAAUUUAGAUCUUAUGUAGAAGGUACAAAGUGUAAAAUAAUAACCGACCACGCCUCGUUAUUAUGGUUUUAUAAUUAA